GAUAUUGAGGAGAAAUACACCAAGAAACUGGAACGCAUGGGAACAACUGGAACUGGCCCAAUAAGGCCAUUCCCGGAAAAAGUUGAUUACAAACCCGAUAUAAGAAUAACUUAUGUCGAUGAACGUGGCAAGGAGAUGGAACCGAAAGAUGCAUUCCGUGUGCUUAGCUGGAAAUUCCAUGGAAAAGGACCGGGAAAGAAGCAGAUUGAGAAGCGGCAGGCAAAAAUGGAAAAGAAAGAACUGAUGAAAAAAAUGAAUUCCAUGGAUACACCUCUGGGAACGCUGAAUAAACAGCUGAAAAAGCAAGAAAUGAUGCAGACACCGUAUAUCAUCCUGAGCGGUUCUGGAAGAGACACCGGGUAA